UUCUCAUGUCAUUCUCUUGAGGAGAGGAAAUGAUUGUAGUGGAACGUGUCCCAAAUACGCCACUGCUACGGAGCCUUCGCAGUUCAGAAACGUUCCUGGAAGAGCAAAUUUAGCCCUUUGCUGUUUGUGUUCUGGAAUCUGUCUUGGUAGAAAGGGAAAUAAAAAUGACGACUUCGUCUAUCAGACGGCAGAUGAAGAACAUUGUGAACAAUUACUCAGAGGCCGAAAUCAAAGUUCGGGAAGCGACCUCGAAUGACCCCUGGGGUCCUUCCAGUUCGUUGAUGACUGAAAUAGCAGAUCUGACCUACAAUGUUGUGGCCUUUUCUGAAAUUAUGAGCAUGAUCUGGAAACGACUGAAUGACCAUGGCAAGAACUGGCGACACGUCUACAAGGCCCUCACUCUCUUAGAUUACCUGAUUAAAACUGGGUCCGAGAGGGUGGCCCAGCAGUGUAAAGAGAAUAUUUUUGCUAUCCAGACAUUGAAAGAUUUUCAGUACAUCGAUCGAGAUGGGAAAGACCAGGGCAUCAAUGUGAGGGAGAAAUCCAAGCAGCUGGUGUCCCUUCUGAAGGACGACGAGCGCCUCAAGACAGAGAGGGCCCAAGCCCUGAAGACCAAAGAACGCAUGGCUCAGGUGGCCACUGGGGUGGGCAGCAACCAGAUAACCUUUGGCCGAGGCUCCAGCCAGCCCAACCUGUCCACCAGCUACUCAGAGCAGGAGUAUGGCAAGUCUGGAGGAUCCCCAGCAUCCUACCAUGGCUCAACAUCCCCUCGAGUGUCCUCAGAGCUGGAGCAGGCACGGCCCCAGACGAGUGGGGAGGAGGAGCUGCAGCUGCAGCUGGCGCUGGCCAUGAGCCGGGAGGUGGCGGAGCAGGAGGAGCGCCUCAGACGCGGAGAUGAUCUGAGAUUACAGAUGGCUCUGGAGGAGAGUCGCAGAGACACAAUUAAAAUUCCCAAAAAGAAGGAGCACACCACUCUGUUGGACCUGAUGGAUGCUCUGCCCUCCUCGGCACCGGCCCCAUCCAAAAGCGAGCCCUGGGGACCUCCUGCUGCUGCUGCUGCCGCCAACCAAACGGAUCCCUGGGGAGGAUCCACAGCUGCAGCCCCUGCCUCUGACCCCUGGCAAUCAUUUGGUGCCAAACCAGCUCCUUCUGUUGACCCUUGGGCAGCACCAGCAGGAUCCACAGCUCAGCCUCUGGCCAAAAACGUGGACCCUUGGGCUCCUGCACAGCCAUCUUCUACUGCAGCAAAAUCUUCUGUGGAUCCUUGGGGAUCAGCACCUGCAAACAAACCUCUCUCUACUUCUGGAAGUACAUCUUUUGACCUCUUCAGUAAUUUGAAUGGUACAGUUAAAGAUGAUUUUUCUGAAUUUGACACACUUCGAACUUCCAAAAAGCCAGCUGAAUCAGGUUCCACUCUGCCACCUCAGCACAGCGGUACCACGAGUCCUGAUCUCUUUGAGUCCCAGCACUCGAGUGGGACAUCAGGCAAACAAAGCACGGCCAGAAAAACCCCAGAGUCCUUCCUGGGCCCCAACGCUGCCCUGGUGAACCUGGAUUCCCUGGUGUCUAAGCCACCACAGCCUGUUACUUCUCUGAACCCAUUCUUGGCACCAGGCGCCGCUACCACAGCGACUCCAAUCAACCCCUUCCAGGUGAACCAGCCUCAGCCACUGACCCUGAACCAGAUGAGAGCCAGCCCCGUGAUGGGGAGCAGCCCCUCCUUCAGCACCGUGCCCCCGAUGAGCAUGGAGCCAAUACCUCUGUCUUCCAUGGCCCCCGUGCCCGUGGGGAUGGCACCGCUGCCGGCCAUGGGCACCAUCAGGAUGGGCCAGGGGCUGAGCAUUGCAGGAUCAAUGCCCCAAGCUCUGCACAGUACAGGAAUGCCACCUGCAGCCUCCCAGGCUGCAAAUACAACUAACCCUUUCCUCCUAUAAAGACCCAAUUAAAGGAACUUUUCUUUU